AUGAAGUAUCAGGCUGGAUAUUCAGAUGCCACACCGUACGAUCAUUCCAAAGCACAAGCAUCUGUUCAAAAUGCAGAAUGUAUUUCUCUGCAUGCUGGUUCAACAAGUGCAGUGAAUGCGAACGGGGAGACGAAGCGACAGCGGACGUCGUACACGCGGUACCAGACCCUGGAGCUGGAGAAGGAGUUCCACUUCAACAGGUACCUGACGCGGCGCCGGCGGAUAGAGAUCGCGCACGCGCUCUGCCUCACCGAGCGCCAGAUCAAAAUCUGGUUCCAGAACCGCCGCAUGAAGUGGAAGAAGGAGCACAAGAUGGCGCAGAUGAACGCCCUGCACCACACCCACCACAUGCCGCCGCACCUGACCGAGCUCACGGCGGCCGGCGAGGUCAAGUGA